CGCAAUUCCUCUGCAAUUUUUUCAUCGAUCUGUUUCUCUGAGAUCAAGGGUAUUGUUUAGAGGAGACUAGCAACAAUCGGCAGCAAAUAGGUCAAUUUUGAGCUUAACGUCUCUCGCGAUUGACCCAGAUCAAGACACACACACUCUCUCCCUCUUUUAUACUUGCCCCUUUCUUGUUUUGCCUACCCCGCCAUGGCGCCAUCUCUCUCUGCUCUCCUCCAUCAAUCAUCAUCUCACUGCCAUAGUUCCUGUUCCGUUUAGUUACCGUUGGUUGCAUUAUUUAUUUAUGAUAAGUUUUGACUGUUCACAUAGCCAUAAUUGAUCCAAGUCGUCUCUCUCUCUCUCUCUCUCUCUUGCUUUCGUUCUCUGCCCGCUUUCUUCUUCCCGAAGCUCAUUCCUUUCGCGAAUUUCAAUCAAAACCCAAGUCAAAGGGGGGACCGGGGGUUGCUCUAAUCUCAUCUGGGUCGGUCUCGUGAUCGCCUGAUUUGCUCUCCCCUCCCUCCCUCCAAUUUCUCAGCAGAGUUUUCCUGUUCUGGGUCUGUAUUUGGAUUUUGGACUUGCCUGCUAGCUCUGGUUUUGGUCUUCCUGCAAUCAGAGUUGAAUUGAUUUUCCGGGCUAUCUUUCUUUUCUUCGGACAAUGAUGGCGGAGGAUUUCUCGAGAUCAGUUGAAGACGGGCUGAAGCUGUCUAAGCGGAUAUACUUGGGCAAGGACAGAGCCAUAGCUCCUCCGAACAUUCCGGUGACGAUGGACAAGUCCAUAGCGGACGCUUACCUGCCGAAGUCGCCCAUGGUCUACGCCGUCAUCUCCAACCCAGGUAUCGUCGACAACCCGGACAUACCUAGCUACCAGCCUCACGUGCAUGGCAGGUGCGAUCCCCCAGCUCUCAUCCCGCUCCAGAUGAAUCGGAUCGAGCUCCAGGUCGAUUGCUUCUUCGAUAAUGUCUUCGUCCAAGUAAUCGGAUCCUGGCGGGUUCAUUGUAUCAUGGGAAGUAAGAGCUGCGAUUGCCGUAUUGCCCUUCCCAUGGGCGAACAGGGUUCAGUUCUAGGUGUCGAGGUGGAGGUUCAUACGAAGUCAUAUGCUACUGAGAUAAUUGCAGUGGACGACAACAAGGAUGUGGUGGGUAAAGAAGCCAACCUUGAAAAUGGCAGCUAUCUCAAACCCAACAUAUUUACCCUCACGAUCCCAAAGGUUGAUGGGGGUGCCAUACUUUCAAUUAAAGCUAGUUGGAUGCAGAAAUCAGUAUUCAAGAAUGGAGAAUUUUCGAUAGGAGUUCCAUUUAGUUUCCCAGAGUACGUCACUCCAGUUGCAAAGAAGCUACCCAAGAAGGAGAAGAUACUCUUGAAUGUGAACUCUGGUUCUGGAACCGAGAUUGUAUGCAAACAUACCAGUCAUCCUUUGAAGGAAGUCAGAAGAGAAGCUGGGAAGUUGUCUUUGGCUUAUGAAACAGAAGUUCUCAUUUGGACGCACAAUGAUUUCACUUUCUCAUAUGCGGUCUCGUCAAGCCAUAUAUUUGGUGGUUUGCUUGUGCAAUCACCAUCUGUGCAUGAUGUUGAUCAAAGAGACAUGUUCUCCAUUUACCUCUUUCCUGGAAAUCAGCAGUGCAUGAAGGUGUUCAGAAGAGAGGUCGUAUUUGUUAUUGAUAUAAGUGGAAGCAUGGAAGGAAAGCCAAUUCAGGCUACGAAGAAUGCAAUACUUACUGCUCUCAACAAGCUUGAACCUAAAGAUUCAUUCAAUAUACUAGCUUUCAAUGGUGAGAGUUAUGUCUUUUCAUCACUCAUGGAAUCCGUAACUGAAAACACAAUCGAGAAGGCUGGUCAAUGGAUUAAUUCAAAUUUUAUAGCCGGUGGGAGUACAAAUAUUUCACAGGCCCUAAAUAAGGCAAUAGAGAUGGUCUCCAACAUUAGUGGUGCAAUCCCUCUCAUAUUCCUUGUGACUGAUGGCACUGUCGAAGAUGAAAGACAAAUUUGUGAAGUGAUUAAAAGUCGACAAACUUUUGGGGAAGCAAUAUCUCCACGGAUACACACUUUUGGCAUUGGGUUGUACUGCAAUCAUCAUUUUCUGAGGAUGCUUGCAAUCCUUGGCAGAGGAGGAAAUGAUGCUGCUUAUGAAGUAGAUUCGAUAGAGACUAGACUGCAAAGUUUCUUCAGCAGAGGUUUGUCUACUGUUCUUGCCAAUAUAUCACUGGAGCCAUUGGAUAAUGAAGUUGAGACGUAUCCUUCCCGCCUUCCAGACCUUUCAUGUGAGGAGUUGUGGACCAUAUCUGGUAGAUUUGUUGGAAAUUUACCAGAGUUUGUAAGAGCUGAAGGUGUUUUUGGCGACUUCAGUAAAUUUGUUGUGGACUUGAAGAUAUGUAGCGCAAAAGACGUUCCUUUGGACAAGGUAAAGGAAAUAACUCACCCUUUUACAGUUUUGUUCGGCUCAUUUGCAACAUUUUCUGAACUUCGGUGCAUCUCUCAAGUUCUUACUUUAUUUUGCAAUAUGGUUAUCUUACGUUAGAGGGCUGUUAGAGGUGCCAAGUACCUUUGCAUGAUUGCGAUGUUUGCUUUUAAAAUCCUUUAGCCUCCAGGCAGAGCUUUAGCCAUGGCAAAUCCAAUUGAGUAUUGGCAACACAUGUGGUUCUAGAUGAUGGGUUUUGUUAGUCAAGGACCUUGAUGCUUAUGUAGGUUCUUUCAUGUUGUAUUUGGUAUGGAUUCUCUCAUCAAGCAAAGAGAAGCUUGUAGCUAGGCUUGUACUGGUGUUGGAGGUGCUUCUCGUUUCCAUCUUCCUACUGCAUCUCUCAAUAGGGUGUUAGAGAAUCCGUGAACGCUCUAGAUUGACAUGGAUGAAAUGUACAUCUGGAAACAGCUCCAAAACUUCGGCUAGUUGUAUUUGAUUGAUGAUAAAUGAUUUUGGCCUAUUACAGAUAUUUGCAAAGCAGCAGAUUGCUAUUCUAACAGCCCAGGCAUGGUUUUCAACAAGCAAACAGCUAGAGGAGAAGGUUUCCAAAAUUAGCAUAGAAACUGGAGUUGCAUCUGAAUACACACGCAUGUCAUUAUUGGAAACUCAGAGAGUGCACCAAUCCACGGAAUCAUCCCCUGCUGGACGCAAGGGAUCAAAGAAAGCUAAUUCGGAGAAGGGAGAAACCAAGACUCUGAGGAGAACAAUGCUGCCAAGCCUGGGGGUCGGGUUCGGAAGUUUGACAGCAACCAUGGACAACAUACCACCAGGGGCCGAGCAACCGAAGUUGCCAGAGGCCGCCGAGAUGAUAAUCAAGGCGGCUUCAAACUGCUGCGAGAGGCUGUACGGCAACUGCUGCUGCAUGUGCUGCAUCCAGUGCUGUUCCAGAAUGAACAACGAAUGCGCAGUAGCCUUGACCCAGCUCUGCAUGGCUCUAGCGUGUUUCGGCUGCUUCGAGUGCUGCGCCGCAAUAUGUUGCCCCGGGGAACAGUGAUUUCAUUAGCCACUUGGUUAAUAUUGUUGUGAUUUUUUCCAUCUUCUUCUGUGUGCAGCAUUGAGUGAAACAGCACAGCACCCCCCACCAUAUUUAUACUGUAUAUUGGUGUCGUGGUUGCCUCUUUUGGUUGGGGAUGGGACUUGGUUGUAUACACACGGUGUAUAGUAGAAAAGUGAAGGAGAGAGCCCAUGAUUCUUUGUUAAAUCCAAACUUGUUCUGGGAUGUUGUACAUUUUGUAAGAAACUGAAUUAAGAGUGUCUGAAUUGGGAGUGGAUUUAUUUGUUUUAAUUUCCUCCAAUUAAAGUUCCAGGCCCUCAAUAUAGACAUGCCAGUAACUUACGGGCUGGGCCGUGUUUAC